UAAUAUAAAUCUUCACAUUUAAGUGCUUUCAGAAAUGUAAAUUUUUUCAAAAUAGUCUGAAAUUCCAGAUAACAGCAAGUCCUUAUGAAAGUGCGACGGACAUAGCGUUUAUAAAUAAAAGUGAUAAGUGCUAUAAAUAAAUGAGAAACACAAGUGACUGAAGCUCCAAGCAAGUUCCACUUUUAACUUUCAAAUCAAAACGAAGGAGUUCCAGGCACAAAAGUUUUCCAAUGAAACUGCGACAAAGCGUAGAAACAAACCGAAAGAAUUGCAAUACUGCGUUGUCAUCCUAAGCAGGAAGUGCUAGCGAACAACUCAUUUUGCAGCUGAUAAGUGCGCAACAAAAACAAAGUGCAAAGAACCAAAAAUAGAAGAUUAAAACAAAGUGAAGGCAAACGAAGAAAAAGAAAUUGCAACAAAACAAGAAAGCUAAGUGAAAAAGUGAGUUCGACACUUCACUACAACAACAACAACUAGCAGAAGUGAGAAUUGUAAGGAUAACCAGCACAGGUACUAGGCAGUCAAGUCUCAAGCAGCGCACAACCAACUUGACAAGCCAACAGACAGACAGACAGCAAGGCAAGGCAAGGCAAGGAACAGCACUGUAUAGACGAACUGACAGACAGUGAACGUGAUUGUGCGGCCGAAAGCAGGCAAAUUACCACUGCAAACUCAGUCCACAGUGCCACAGCGACGACAUUCCAACGCCUAACGGCACACCAAGAUAAACACACACAAACACACAAAGAAAGGACGAAAGCCAAGGCAAGUAAGGCAGCAAAUACCGUUAAAGGGAGUGUAGAAAAAAAAUUGUCUGAAAGCAGCAAGCGACAGGUGAAAGAAGAUCCUAACUAGCCGCACAGACACACACACACACACGUAGAACGCGUGCGCAUACACCACCACACAGGCUGCCCAGGAACCGAAGGCACGUAACGCCAACAAAACAGAGAAUAAAAGAAAACGUGAAAGCAUAUGAAAUAUAGAAAGCUAAAAAUAGCCUACCAGCCAGCCAGGCAGUCGACCCAAAAGCGCUGUAAGCCAGCGCAAACACACACGAAGCGUGCGAGAAGUGGGCGCGGCGACGGUGGUUCGGCAAUUUUAGUGGCAACCAAACACAAAGCCGAAACUAAAUUGGCGGAAAAGCAAUAUAAGCCGCGAGACUUUACUGCGUAGCUUUGGUGUAUUAAUAAAUAAAGAAAGAACAAUAAAACCAACGAAAAAGAAAGCUGAAAAUAGCUAAAAAGUGAGUGUGAGAUAGUGUGCAGAGAAAACAAAAAGAAACGGUAAAGUGAAGUGACUGCAAAUAAACGAGCAGAAAUUACGAAAUACCGAAAGUGAACACUGUGCGUUCGAAGCACACAGAAAAUCCGCAAAUAGCAAGCGAACGCUGUGUCAAAACUAAUAAAACGUAAGCUAUCCCCGCGGAGCAGUGUGAUUGAGUGCAAAGUUUCUGCAAGACAGUUGAACCAAACUCAACGGUACUGAGGUCAAAAGCCGUCAAUAAGCAGCUAAGCGAGUUGACGCUCCGAACCGGGCACAUAACACAGUACCCAACAACUGGUGCAAAGGAUCGCUAACGAAGUUUCGCACAACGCGCCGAACCUACAGCGCCCGUUAAAGCAACAGUUUGCGAAGCAGCAAUUCGAUUUUCGUACCACACAACAACAACAGCAAACGUGGUGAAAGUAAGUAAGCGGAUUAAAAAUAAAUCUGUACGUCGGUCGUGUGAGAAGUGCGUGUCGUGCAACAACGAAAACGGUAGACACAAACACGCACACGAAUACGACGACGACGACGAAGCAACGGCACGAAGACAACGAAACUCAAGCGCGACUGGCAUAUAACACGAAAAGGCAAUUAGGCAGAAGCUAAAGUUAGACGCAGACAACGACGAACGGUAAAGUGCUUAAAGGCAGAAAAUAAACAUUUAGGCACGACUGAAAACGAUAGCUACAAAAACAAAAGCAAAGCUAAGCGAUCGGGCACAACAAGACGUAACACAAAAGCUCACAAGCGCUGAUAAGGCUGAUUAGUUCCUCAAAAGCAAGAGCAAAACAUUAUAACAGUACACCACGAAAGGUAAAGAUUACCUAACAAGCCGUGGAAAAUCUUACUGCAGAAAAAAUACAAGUGAAGCAAGCGUCUUUACAGGCAAAUUGCUGUAUAUAGUUCCUCGUAAACUAAAAACUCCGCAGCACGAGCCGAAACAAAACGUUCGCUGCGUCGUAGACAAAUUGGAGUUGCUAACGGUAUCGGCGAACCGGCCAACAAGUCGAUUAUCGAUUUUGUCUCCGCUGACACAUAACAAGAUUGCUGCGUGCUAGAAAAAGACGAACUAGCCUGCAAAUAAAAACAAAAAAUAAAAGAACAUAAAAUAGACUAAACGAGCAAGAAAAUAACAGAAAAUAACAAACAAAAAGAAACACGAAAAUACUGGCAGACAGACAGCGCAACAGACAGACGGAAGACACUAACUGAAGUCUAGUUGCGCGAGCCAAGUGAGCAGGCGUAUGCUAGUGAGCCAAAAACCCAAACGAUACGGGGUGUUGGUAAUGAAACCUGCAGCAAACUAAGGGCGAACGAACGAACGACGAACGAAAAACAAGCCGCAACGGUCCGAGGCAUAAACAAACAGCCGAACAAACAACACAAAUAUUAUUGUAAUCGUUUGGAUUACAGUAACAACGGCUGCAUGCGCGUCUAGCGAGCCAGCCUGCCAGCAAGCGUACGACAAUUGAAGUCUGUGAAAUUGCCAUUUCAACGGCAUAUUUAACGUUGGCAGUUGUGCCACUGCUGAAAGGCGAAACCAACAAAUAAUAGCCAGUGAGCGACGAAAACAAAGCGCACAGCAAAACUGGUUAAAACUGGUGGCAAAGAAAACAAGUGGCAACUGGCUGAAAUCAGGCAUAUCGCACAUCAGCGAACGGAAACAGUUGAACAUAAAAGCCGUUACAAGCACAAAAAUCACGAAAGUCAACGGGCGCAACGAGCAGCGUGCAACGUGUCAGAGGAAGUAGCGGCGAAAAAAGUACAGCCGUAGCGGAAACGUACUUUUGGCAAGAGUUCAAAAACACGUCCUGUUGUAAAGCAGGGAUUUCGCGAGAACGAGCCAGACGAGCAACAUAAGGCAGCAAUCAACAAUUUCGGAAAUCAACGGAAAAAGUUGGUGAAUAGGCGCCGACAGUGCCAAGAAAUACACGGCGCGAUAAGAAAGCUUUACUUUGUUGGAACGAAGUAAAGCAUAUAGCGACCUUCUUUGGCGGCAUAACGACCAGAGCACCAGCAGCGCUUGGGCACAGUUGACAACCACAAAGCAACAUAAAGCAUAGAAUAAAAAGGAGAAGAGUGAAAUUAACGAGUGCGACAGUUGCGAAGACAUCAGCAACACUACACGUAUAGCAUAACCAAUUUACCGAGAGACUGUUAGAGAAUGAAGACUUUUGUGUGCAAGCGUAUUGCCGCUUAGACUUAAACGUACGCGCCCCAGGUUCCAUAAUAAUACCCACGUAUAACGAAGCCAAACAGUCUUACGCGUUAGUUAGACGACUAGAGCUAGAGAUUCCCACACACACACACACAAGCAAACAGGCAUUUAAACUACCUAAAAUCCAAACAAAAAUCAAAAGCAAAAAACCUUUGCCAGCACGAAUCCAAUUCGUCGACAAUUGCAAGGCACCUAAAUAGUUACAUAAUCCCAGGCAAGUAGUUACGCGAAAAUCCCAAAAAUAGCACGUCUACUUGAGCGUUUGCGUCGCAUCAACAAGAAGAAAAUGUUCUACUCGCUCGUGCAGACCAUCGUUUGUGUGCUGCUCAUUCAGGCCGGCAUUUAUGGGCUGCAUUUGAAUGGGCCCGGCGGCAACAGCAAUGGCGCGAGUUUGGGUAGCGGCGGCGGUGGUGGCGGUGUGAUGAACGCGCCAUCGAGCCUAGGCGGUAGCGGCGCCGCACAGCUCAAUACCGCCGUGAAUACAAAUCAAAUGCUCAACAUACUCUCGGCCAAUCAGCAUGCGCAACAUCUGCAUGCCGGCGGCAGCGGUAGCGGCAGUGGUGGUGGCGGUGGCGGCGGUCUCUCGCGUGCUUUGAGCAAAUCCGCCGUCAGUCCAUUGAGUAACGCCGAGCGUUUGUCACAGGAGGUAGCCGAUAGAGCACAACUCGAACGCGAGCGUUUGAUGUUACUCGGACUGGCUAAGCAGACAACGCUGGCUAACAGCGGUACCGGUCAUCAUGGACGUCCUAUUAUCACCGGACGCAUUCAGAUGAGCCCCGUUGAUGAGGUGGACAAUGACUACUCGUCGCUGUUGUUGCCGCAAUCACGUGGUCCCUUGUAUGGCAGCGUUGUAAAGGAGCCCGCAGUCGUGGAGGACGAUGAGUAUGUCGACGAAGAGCGUGAAUACGAUAGAGCUCGUUUGAAUAGUGGCGGUCAUAGAAAGUAUGAGUAUGGCCGCAUAGUGGAACCGGCAGAGCAUGAAGAGUAUGCCGAGCCGCAGCACAUGGAUGAGUUGGAUGAGCUGAUUGAAGCCGAACCGGAGUUGGACGAUGUGAUCUCCGAUUUAGAGAGCUAUCAAUAUUUGGAUGAGCUGCUGCCACCUGAGCAUCGCAGUUUAUGGGGUGAUGACGGUGCAGGUUAUGCCAUCGCCGGUGGCAACAGUCGGCCUCAUCAUCUGAACGACGGUUUCCCGUUGCUGUUGAAUCCGUAUCGCACGCUUGAAGAGCUCGAGAACAGUCCGUCACACACCUUGCAGGAAAUAUUCGAAAAGGAGUCACACGACAAAGCUGAUGUGAAACCACACCGUGUGCAUACAUCACAUCCGACACACGAGCAACAAAAGCAGCAACAGCAACAGCAGCAGCCGUACGAGCAACAAUAUCGUCAACCAACGCAGCCACAGCAGCAAUAUUCCUUCAGUGGCGGCGUUAAGCAUCGCAAUGGUGGCUAUCCCGUUGACUACAACAACAAUAUGCAGCAGAAGUGGCAGCGUAAGCGUUCACAACAACAACAGCAGCAACGUCAAUUACAACAAUGGCAACGCAACAUAUUCGGUCAGCAACUGAAACAACAGCAGUUGCAUCAUUUCGGCGCACAGCCACAGCGUCAUAGCAAACUUUCGCUGGCCAAUUCAGAAGCCACCGCCACUAAACAUAUUCCAUUAAAUGGUAGUGUUAACAACCUAAAUAACAACAACAACAGCAACAACAAAUUGUCAAGCACCUUGAACGCAUUGGCAACGCAACAACAAAGUUCCUCCGCGCCAGCAAUGUCUAGCGGCGAUGCGGCUAUGAAAAGUGAGCUGAUGCAGCAACAACAACAGCAACAAGAAGAGCCUACACAACAGCAGGUUGGCAAGGACAACACUGCUGAUGUUGCUAGUCCACCAUCGGGCUUAUCAAAGGCUGCUGCCAAAUUGAAAGCACAGCAGCAGCAACAACAACACAAAAAACAACAGACGCCGUCACAAAAGCAAGAGUCCUUCUUGCAUCCCAACCAUAAGCGUUCGGGCAGCAUUGGUGGUGGUGUCGGUGCCACCAAUGGUAUGUCUGCAGCGGCUGCUGCGGCGGCGACCAACGGCUACUCAUCCAUCGCAAGCCAGCUGAUGUUGCGCACGGCGCGAGGGCAGCGGCAGUAUGACGUGCCACAAAUAGAAUGCCCUACCGCCAUGGAUGGCAUGGAGCGUUUCGCGUGUCCCACACCUGAUGUGCAGGGACGAUAUCGUUGCAUAGACGAUCAUGUGCUAUGCGAUGGCUUCAUCGAUUGUCCGGAAGGUGAAGAUGAAGAUCGAAGAUCGUGUAUGUUCUACAAAACGGUCAAAGCUCACCUUGAUGUUUUGGCAGAUGCGCUGCUGCGCUGGGCGCGAGGGCGUUAAACGACAACAACAGAAACCACACACGUAUUUAACACAACAUAAACUCGCCUUCCUAUGCAUAAAUGCAAACAGAACAAAACCACACACUACACCCGAAGCAACAUAAAUAGAUGUGUGGCCGCUAGCAGCCGCAUGCACAACACACAAACAACAACCAUCACCACCGCAUAAAAGAAAGAUGAUAGCAUGAAAUGAAAGAAUAAGAGAACCGAAAGUCAAAUAACUAAACAUUCAAGCAAAAUCAUACGGAUGGACACUGAGACACACACACAACACAGACAUAAACACAAACUCCUAAACGGCGGGUCGCCAAUGAUAGCCCAUGAGAGAGAGAGAGAGAAAGCGAGCGCGUUAGAGAGAGUGAGAUUGCGAAAUAGUAGUAUUGUUUGUAAAAAGCUGUAAAAGUAUUGUCAAAAUAAACAAAUGCUAGAGAAAUAGGACACAAAAACAACAAAAAACACAGAAAAAUAAUAAUAACAACUGAUGAAAUUAACUGUUAUUAGCAACUUGUGUGGCAUGGCAUGUAAGGUGCAGAAGAAAAAAAAUUCUCAUAAAUUAGAUGUGAAUUUCAAUGAGCGUAUGCAAUAACCAAAAUGAAUGCCAGAUAAUGAAACUUAUGUAUGUAGUAAAUGUUUAAUCAACUAGCAAAAAAGCAAGGUGUAAGGAAUACUUAAUGUUAUACAUAUGAAUUAUGAUUAAAAUUUUUGAUUACUUAUUACUUCAAGCAAAAAAAUUAAUAUAACUUAACGAUUAUUAAUUAUUAUGAUUAUUAAAAAAAUUAUUAUAAAUAAUACUAUUAUUAAUAUUAUAAACAAAGCAAAAAACAAACACUACUAUUAUUAAUAUUGAAACAAAGUGAAAUUAUUCAAAGCAACAGCCAUAAACAUAAAAUAUAAAAAAAAAAAAUUUAAAUAACUGAGAUGUGGCAAAAUAUUUUCGACAUUUAUGUAAUUACUAAAUUAAAUGAUUGUAUAAAGAGUGUUAAUAUCAAAUGUUAAUUAAAUAUACAACAGUUAAUAAUAAAAUAACCGAAUACCAAAGAAUACGACGGUGGCAGGGUGUGAACGGUGUUACGCUUUAGCAUAGCAAACAAUAUGUUUACCCACCCCCAAAGUCAUGAGCUUCGGAAAUUGUGUCAAUUGUAGUGGUGGUAAGCGUGCAUGCUGUUCAUUUGUCCAAAAAAUCGCAAUUCGGAGUAACUCCGAAAAACUCCGAAUUAUUAUUUUAAAGUGUUUCAAGUGUGUGAGUACAUAACUAUACUGCUGCUUAUAUAAAACUGAAAAUUAUUUAAACAUUUUAUAACUUUGCUGACUCCGAAAAUGUUCGGUUGUUUAAAAAAUGCUUGUAUAUUUGCAUAAAAUUUAACAUGUUCAUCUAUAUCAAAUAUGAUAUCUGUUGAAACAUAUUUAUUUCUACAAAACUUUGUGCUAUUAGCAGUUUUACACUAAAACAUUUUCAGCAACUAUGUGUCGGUGCUUUCACAAAUUCGGAGUCUUGUUUAAUAGUCAAUAGUCUUAUUUAAUAGGUUUCGCAAUCUAAAUUGCAUUUUAGUUGAUUCACAAGUAUUUAGAAAUACACAGAAUUUUAUUCCGAAAAAAAAUUAUGCGAUACUGAUGCUUUAACCU